AUGGCUUCCAUUACCGGAUCCAACUGCGUCGCUCUCCGAACCGCCAACUUCGCCGCAUCCGGUAACCGGAAAGUCGGUCAGAUCCGGCAAUGGUCUCCGGUUCUCAAGAAUCUCCGUUCCGUUUCCGUUUCCGGUUUUCGUCACCAAUCGAAUGUGCCGUUUAGAUCCUCCGGUUUGAGAGCGCAGGUUGCUACUCUGGAGGAAGCGGGAACUGGAGCAAUUCAGAAAGUGGAAGCGCCAGUUGUAGUGGUGACCGGAGCUUCCAGAGGCAUUGGCCGAGCGAUUGCACUGUCGUUAGGUAAAGCAGGUUGCAAGGUUCUGGUCAACUAUGCAAGGUCAUCCAAGGAAGCCGAGGAGGUUUCCAAGGAGAUUGAGGCAUUCGGUGGGCAAGCUCUUACAUUUGGUGGAGAUGUUUCUAACGAGGCUGAUGUGGAGGCUAUGAUUAAAACUGCAGUUGAUGCUUGGGGAACAGUUGAUGUAUUGAUAAACAAUGCUGGUAUAACUAGAGAUGGUUUAUUAAUGAGAAUGAAGAAAUCUCAAUGGCAGGAGGUUAUUGAUCUAAAUCUAACUGGUGUUUUUCUUUGCAUACAGGCUGCUGCUAAGGUUAUGAUGAAGAAAAAGAAGGGAAGGAUAGUGAAUAUUGCAUCAGUUGUUGGUUUGGUUGGUAAUGUUGGACAAGCCAAUUAUAGUGCUGCAAAAGCAGGAGUGAUUGGCCUGACAAAAACAGUUGCAAAGGAAUAUGCUAGCAGAAACAUCACCGUUAAUGCAGUUGCUCCGGGGUUUAUUGCAUCUGACAUGACUGCCAAGUUAGGACAAGACAUUGAGAAAAAGAUAUUGGAGACAAUCCCAUUAGGAAGAUAUGGCCAACCAGAGGAAGUUGCUGGACUGGUGGAAUUCUUGGCUCUUAAUCAAGCUUCCAGUUACAUCACUGGCCAGGUUUUCACCAUUGACGGAGGUAUGGUGAUGUAA